CCCCGAUCCCCGCCAGGCUGCAGGCGCCGGGCCCGGGCCGUCAGGGCAGCUGUGACCCUUGCGCUCAGCGAGUGGCGAGUUGGGGGUGCGCCCGGAUCCCCGCCCCCGGGAUCAUGGGGAAUGGCAUGACCAAGGUACUUCCUGGACUCUACCUCGGAAACUUCAUUGACGCCAAAGACACGGAUCAGCUAGGCCGGAAUAAGAUCACACACAUCAUCUCCAUCCACGAGUCACCCCAGCCUCUGCUGCAGGACAUAACCUACCUUCGCAUCUCAGUGGCCGACGCCCCUGAGGUACCCAUCAAAAAGCACUUCAAAGAAUGUAUCAACUUCAUCCACUGUUGCCGCCUCAAUGGGGGAAACUGCCUUGUGCACUGCUUUGCAGGCAUCUCCCGAAGCACCACCAUCGUGACGGCAUAUGUGAUGACUGUGACAGGACUGAGCUGGCGGGACGUGCUUGAAGCCAUCAAGGCCACGCGGCCCAUCGCCAACCCCAACCCAGGCUUUAGGCAGCAGCUUGAAGAGUUUGGCUGGGGCAGUUCCCGGAAGCUUCGCCGGCAGCUGGAGGAGCGCUUCGGGGAGAGCCCUUUCCGCGACGAAGAGGAGGUGCGCGCGCUGCUGCCGAUGUGCGCGCGCUGCCGGCAGGGCUCUGCGAGCGCGGCCUCUUCCCCCGCGCCCAGCUCCUCGGCCUCGGAGGGGACCUUGCAGCGCCUGGUGCCGCGGUCGCCCCGGGAAGCCCACCGGCCGCUGCCGCUGCUGGCGCGCGUCAAGCAGACUUUCUCUUGCCUCCCGCGGUGUCUGUCCCGCAAAGGCAGCAAGUGAGGAUCCUGCCCCGCCGUGGCGCCCCUCGGCCUCUCGACCGGUCCCCUUCGGGGAUUGUCUGCGCCUCCCACGGCCUUCAGGACGGGCCCAGAGCCUGUGGGAGCCCCGCGGCGGCCUGAUCCCCGCCCCUGCCCCCUUCUCGCCUUGCUUGUCUGCGUCCGCGGUCAGUGUGUCCUCCAUCUGUGUGUGUGGCUCUGUGUCUGGGCCGGCCUGCUGCAGCUACCUGGUGCCUUAGUUCUUGGGCUGGGGGAGGGUGCCCCCGGCCCCCCCUCCCAUUAAAGGCGGUGGGAGUGGG